AUGCUAACAUUAUCUGGGUAUAUAAAGAAAAUAGUGAAAGCUCUCAAACAUGAAGACGCUGACCAAUUGCGAGAUUGUCUCACGAUAAAUCCGGCCAACAACGCUGGAGAAGCACGGGCUGAUUUUGCUGAGCCGAACGACUUCGAUUUGUAUCCCGUUCCAGAGAAAUUUCGGCCCGUAGUGAAAUGCCAUUUGAAAGUCAUGACUUCUAUCUAUAAGUACAAGAGCAUAGACACAGCUUUUACAGAACUAAACGAGAUGAAUAGCAAUCUCAUCCGUGCAGCCGAAUCCCAGACUAAUUGGAUCAACCUGCCGUUGAUGAGUUCCCUCAGUGAACUCAUUGCUGUCUACAAAGUCAGACAACAGAAAUAUCCAGAAGAUGUAUCUAGUUACCAAUUUCAAGAUAUGGAAAUUGACUCUUUUGAGGGUGGCUCUGGUAACGGUCCGAAGACAUCGGCUCUUGAGCAGUUGUCCAUCACAGUCAACAAGGGAUUCAAAUUAUCUCUCAACGACAAAAACUUGGUGUUAUCGCAGAGUAAAAGAAACGAUAUCUACUUUUUUCUUUCGAAUCUCAUCAAGAUCUACUUCAAGAUGAAUAAACUCGAAUUGGCUAAAUCUGUCGAAAAGGCUGUAAAAGGAACGCGAUUCGAAUUGCCACCUAUGAACGCCAAACUGGCCAAUAAGAAGCACUUAGUAGUUUACUUAUACUAUAGCUCUCUACUUUCUUUGGAUGACGGUGACUUCACAGCUGCAGAGUCAAAAUUGGACAAGGCCAUGGAUCUCAUGCGAUACUAUUCUCAAAAAUGUGCCAGGCAGACAAAUCAGAUUCUCUUGAUCUUGCUUCCUCUCAAGCUCCACAAUAAAAAUCAGGUUAUAAACAGCCCUGAAUUCUGGAAAGAACAUCCCGAGUUGCAAUUAGUUUAUAGAGACAACUUGUUGUACAGUGUGAUACAUGGUGAUAUCGCCAAGUUCGAGGAUUGUAUCAAGAAGUACGAGGUUGUUUUCUUGAAGAACCAUCUUUACUUGCUUGUACUCUCAUUGAAACAGCAAUGCUAUCUACGCUUAGUAAAGAAAACUGCCACCAUCUACCGAGAAUUGUGUACGGAUCCUCUGCAAGCUCAUAUAGUUCCAUUCAGUGCAUUCCAGGUGGCUUUUGAGUUUUCCAAAUACGGCACUAGUGAAAAAGAGCAAGAUGUUGACGAUAGAGUGUUUGGGUAUGCUCAGGAGGAGAUCGAGUGUAUUCUUGCUGGACUCAUAGCCAAGGGCAAGAUUAAAGGGUAUCUCAGCAACAUCAAUUGUUGUGCUGUCUUGUCGAAGACUGUGGCAUUUCCUAAGUAA